CUGUUUUCUUCGCAAUUUUUCUGAUGACUGUCUACAAAAAUCAACACCAACUUUAUUUACAUCGGGGAAACGCGUAAGUUUGGUUAAGCUUUCAUUAUUCAUGGUUCAGAAGAAAAACCAGUUGAACUUCAGAUGAAUUCACGAUAAUUCUCCAACAACAACUGAUCAAUGUAUUUUGCUUGGAGUAAUGGAGGUCAAACUUGAUGGGUGUCGAUUGUGCGUGGAAGAUUUAGGUAGCCCCAGCUGUCCCCUGCAAGAUCCAGAUCUUCAGCAACAAAUGAAAAGUGUCUUUUACUUCCCGAUCGAACCAAAACAAGGCUGCUCGAGCAGUGUUUGCUCAGAAUGCAUUUUUGUCAUUAAGGAGUUUUAUAAAUUCGCCGAAAAGGUUCGCCAAAACCAAGACAUCAUUAGUAUUGCGUUAUCAACUUACGUGAAUAACUGUACAAAUACGGUAUCGCAAUUCAAACUUGAGCCAUUGGAUACGAUAGUUGAAGACGGGAAACAAUCACUUGAACCCAAGCAGGAGAUUACAAUAGAUAACAACAGCGACGUAGAUGUUAAGUUUGAACCACUGGAUUUGGAAAAUGACCAACUGAAUCAACCACAAGAACUCGAAGGGGUCAGAAUAACAAAUGAAGAAAACCGGAGCGAUGUAGACGAUCUUGUGGAUAUCAAGACUGAACCAUUGGAUUUGGAAAAUGACGAACCCAAUCAACCACAAGAUCCCGAAGGGUUUAUUAUAACAUAUUAUAAAGAUAACUGUAAAGAUGUGGUCAUGUUAGACAACACCCAAGAACCUUCUACAAAGCAUCAAAAAGGUACUUCACAAAAGCCUAAUAAACCGAAAACCAAAGAACAAAUUCUAGAAGAUGAAAAGACAUUGAACGAUUUUUUUCAAAUGGUAUGCGAUCUAUGCGGUCAAAAAGAGCCGACUUUUAAGUUAUUGAUGUGUCAUUUCGAGAAGAUUCAUAACCAACCUGGCUAUGUAAUCUGUUGUAAAGAGAAAUUAUAUCUGCGAUCCAAGUUAAAGUUGCAUAUGCUAAAUCACGUCAACCCUGAUGGGGAGCUUUGUGAAAUUUGCAACAAAUAUUUCAAAAAAAUAGAACAACACCGAAAAAUAAAACACACAAGAGAUGAAAAUAAGAAGUUCAAAUGUGACCAAUGUCCAAAGGCUUUUAUAAACCAGUUCAUGCUUACCAGCCAUUUGAAUAGGCAUCUACCUAAACCGCGUAAAACGCAUCAAAGGGUUCAAUGCCCUCAAUGCGAUAUGACCCUUGCAAACAAAGAUUCGCUAACUGCGCACAUUUUCCACAAACACAGUAUCGAGCGAACACGGAUGAUUUGCGACGUUUGUGGGAAACAGUUUCUCAACAAACCGUGUUUCGAGCGACACGUUAAAAUUCACAACGGCAUAGAUGCAAUCCCAAAAUGCCAAUGCCACAUUUGUAAAAGGGUGUUAGCUGGUGAGCCAGGACUAAAAAGACAUAUGAAGAGUGUUCACGCUGAACGAGUCAAUACGCACGAAUGUGACGUAUGCCACCGGCAAUAUCCCAAUACGAUUGCAUUAUGUUCGCAUCAACGAAAAAUGCAUAUUAUCGAAGCUAAAUUUAAAUGCGAGUUCUGCGGAAAACUGUUUAAAGAAGACUUUAGACUGCAGGAGCAUCGAGCAGUCCACAUGAAUGAUCGACUUUGGAAGUGCGAAUACUGUGACAAAGCUGUGAACACCAAAAAUAGCCUCUGGUGCCAUGUCAAAAAAUGUCACCCAACGGAAUAUGCCGAACAGAAACGAUUAGCAAUAGAGAAAGCGUUUAGCUCAUAGGAAAAUUCUUACAGGUUUAUUUACAAUUUGUAUUAUUAAGAACUUUCACUCAUGGAAUUGUUUGUGAUAAGUUUCGUUGGUCUUAUCUAUACAAGAAUCGGAUCACCACGCAAUAAGAUUCAAUCCAUUGAAAACAGUGCUUACCCCACUAGUUAUCUAUUAGCUGUGAUCUGUAUCGAACUGCGUCAAAUUGGAUCCGAAUCCCAUCAUCUUUUAUAGACCAAUACUUAUACCAGUUCUAGAAAGAACUUAUUUUGAAGCUGGUUUAAAACAAAAUUUAAAGCACCGAUACGCUGUGUUUCGUUGGAAAUUCAGUUUAACCCUUCAUUUCAUAUAGUAACAAAUUUGAUUCAAACAAUGUAUAGAUAGAAGAAGUUAAAAACUCGAUCUUCGAUUCUUAAUCUUUAAUUUAAUUUAGUAUUCGAAAUUACGGUAGCCUUAAAGUUACAUGUAACUGUUGUACAAGGUCAAGGUUAAUCUGUUAUUGGAUCCCUUUUUUACCGGGAUGGGAGAGCUGGCAACAUUGCCAAGUAUAAGUUGUACUUUCGAAUCGGUGUUUAAAAUUUAGUGAAUUUGGCCGUGAAAAAGAUGAAACAAUUGUUUUUGAUAAGAAGGGAAGUCGUGUGAUUUAACAAUAUUCAAGUAGGAAGUGAAGUAUAAGUGAAAGCUGUGUGAUGUGGUGGUUUAUUUGCCAAAUGAAAUUUUUUUUAUUUCGGGUUGAAAAUGUUGCUGAAAAUGGCGACGACAAAAAGUUUCGUUCAAAAAGUGAGCAACAUACGCGUUAAAAGCUCAAACAGAGCGUAACGGGCGUUACAAGGUAAAGGUUGCAUCAUUUUUAUUGAACGCAACCUUGCAUGUACGAGAGAGAGGUCAGACUGAUGACAGCGACAUCAUGGAGUGAAAUCAGGAACCCAAGCUAAGUAUUUUUCUUGAAUUUAUUUCUAGCUAUAAUUCAGAGAGUUUGUGUGUGUGUGUGUGUGUGUGUGUGUGUGUGUAUGUGUGUGUGUGUUUGAAUUCCGCGCGAAUUGCAAACAUUUGAAGAUUAGCUUUUCUAGGUAGAUGGACAUGUUGAACUAUGCAGGGUGUUAAUUACAAUUCUGAGUUUUUAUUCGAACGAAGAUGGCGCUCUACUCGUCUUUCAGAGCUGUUUAGUGCAGUUGGCAUGUAAUUUGAAAUAUAGAUGGCGCGGUUAUUUCGUUAAAAAAAAGCUCAAUAUUUUGAUUCUUUCGUUAAAGCUGGUUGUAGAAUAAUCAGUAUCGAAUUUACAAAAGGACGAUUUCGCCAACUAAGUUGUUAAAGGGAAAUCAGAAAUAUAGAUACUAGGUAUUAGAACAAUUUGUUAUGUUGAUUUUUAAGAUGAUGAUAUGAUAUUUCUCAACAUAUGUGAUGAAAUGAUUAGUCAGCAGUUGAAUACUGAUAGAUAAGAUCAAAUUGACAGAUUUAGUUUGCAAGUUUUCUUUCUCCUUUCUUCUGGCUAAAAAAUUCAUUGAUUUUUAUCUCAAUCUAUUGCUGCUCAACUUAAAUACAGUAAUUUUUGUGGUUAGUAGUUCUACAUUC